AGCACACUGGACAGCACAUUGUGCCGGUUUGAGGAUUCUGCUUGGCUCAUUGAGUGCAGCUUUUCAGGACAAACGGCACAAAUUCUGAGUGUUUUAGCUUGAUUUCUUUGUGUCUUACUGUGUGUCAGGCUCUGCUAUGGUGAGGCGUGUCAGCAAUGACUGAGGUGGAGGCGACCUAUGAGGAUUUCAUUGCCUCUGGACGGACUGGCCGAAGGAAUGCCAUCCAUGAAAUCCCGGCAGUCCCUGGAGCGCAGGGACCAGCUGAUCUUUCACAGGGCUUGGCACAGCUCAGCAUCAGCAAAGCUGGUGAUGAGGGAGAAGACUGUGAGAAAAGCCUAGAUUCUCCUGUCAAAGAAGACGAGAGUCAAGAUGAAAGCAGCUGAGACAACCACACAGUUCUUUAACUGUUGCUCAACCUGACUGCUUGGAUGCUGCUAAGCUCAAACUUACUCACGUCCUGUUGGGAAGCAAAUCGCUACAGAAACCACAGUUCAGCCUCCCCCGUGCUACACUUGGUUAUGCUCCAGUUUCUUUGUCUCCUUUCCUUGUUACCUUUCCUUUAUGGCUGCUGACUUGAAAUUGCAUGUUGCACACUGUUUGGUGUCAGUCAAAACCAGCCCAGUUCAGCUUUCAGCGGUCCAAGGAGGGGAGUGCGACCUCAUGCAAGGUUUCUUUGGCUCAAGCGCUACCUCAGAUUUCUAGCUGCCCACAUCCAGAGUGACUGGACCCCAAAUCUUCCUCUACUCAUUUUGCAUUAACAUGUCAGCUCCCUCUG